AUGGCUGCUGUUGAAGAAAACUGGCAGAUGAAACUAUCAACCAUUAAAGAAAGAACCACGGUUAUUUUCAACAACGAGUUAUUGAGCGAUGUAAAGUUUGUGGUUCCUGCUUCGGAAACUGAAACUGAAACCCGGAAGACGAUUGCAGCCCACAAGCUUGUGCUUGCUAUCAGCAGUCCUGUCUUCUACGCCAUGUUUUAUGGGCACCUGGCGGAGGCUAGAGACUGUGUUGAACUACCUGACUGUGAGUACGACAGUCUGUUGGAAUUUCUUCGGUACCUGUACAGCGAUAAGGCGAAUCUAACCGUAAGUAACGUGAUGCAUGUUCUGUACUUAGCGGAUAAGUACAUGGUACCUUCACUUGCAGAGAAAUGCAGUGAAUAUCUACGAGAAAACCUAUCAGCAGCCAAUGUAUUCUCCAUUCUUCCACACGCUAAAAAAAUUGAGGAUAAAGAUUUGGAAGAUCGAUGCUGGGAAGUGAUCGAGGAGAACACGGAAGAAGCUGUGACGUCAGAUGAUUUUGUCACGCUUGAGCGAUCUCUUAUUGAGAGUGUUGUGAAGAGGGAAAGACUGACCGUAAAGGAAGUGGAUCUGUUCAAAGCUGUUGAUCGCUGGGCGAUAAGAGAAAGUGAGAGGCAAGGAAUAACUGCUGAUGGCGAGUCAAAGAGGAGAAUCAUUGGAGAGGACAUCGUGAAAGCAAUACGGUUUCCACUGAUGUCACAGAAGGAGUUUGUCUCUGUUGGUUUAGAUUCGAGAAUUCUUAAUUUUGGAGAGAUGAGUGAUCUAAUGAAGUUCUAUAAUGAUGUUGAGUUAACCUCCCCUUUACCAUUUAUACAGACCCCAAGAACUGACAGCACACAGCUCCAUCAAUGCUACAGAUUUUUAAGUUACAAUUCACCAAAAGCGUAUUGGUCAUAUUCUGGUAAUCCUGAUGUGAUUGUUUUGUCUGUUGAUAAGUCAGUUAACUUGCAUGGUAUUCAACAUUUUGGCAGUGAAGGUCAUGGGUACUCUGUUUCUACAGAAGUUAAAGAUACCACAAAUAAUUGUACACUGGUGAAGAAAACAGGGUACUACUCAUCAUUAAAAGAUGAGAAGCUAGGCUAUUACGGAUUUACUGUCUGUUUUGAUCCUCCUCUCUGUUUACAUAAAAGCAAGAGAUAUGUGGUUAGGUCACUCAUUACAGGCCCCAUGUCAUGGUAUGGUGAAGGGGGGAAAACGUCUCUUGAGUGUGGUCAAGUACAGUUCAAUUUUUACAGCUCAAACUGGGAUAACAAUGGAACAAGUGAAUCAAGGGGCCAGUUCUCUGCUUUUAUUUUUAAGAAGUAA